AAACUAUCCGAUUGUUUAACUUCUUAUCAAAUAGAAAGGGCGUGUGACUCAACUUUUAGCCGGUUUAAAUUAGUAUUAUAUCUAUUUAUAAAGAAUUUAUUGUAAUAACAUGUGGAAAUCAGCAGUUGGUUCCAGCAUCAAGGCUCCUGUUGUCAACCAAGAUGACGAUGAAUGGGAUACCGAUCCCAAUUAUAUUAACAACGUAACAGAAGAAGAACAACGAUGGGGUGGGGGAAGAACUGCGGGUGCUAUUGAUAUGAAUGCUCUACGAGAGCAAACGACUAAAGAAGAUCUGGAGCUCAAGAAAAAGGUAAUGGCUGCAGGACCUCAAGCAUCUUAUGGAUAUGGUGGAAAAUUUGGUGUACAAGGAGAUCGUAUGGAUAAAAGUGCAGUCGGGCAUGAACAUAUUGAAAAAGUUGAAAAACAUGCUUCUCAAAAAGAUUACACCACUGGUUUUGGUGGGAAAUAUGGCAUUCAAAAGGACAGGAUGGAUAAGUCUGCAGUGGGGCAUGACUAUGUAGCCAAGGUUGAAAAACAUGGCAGUCAAACAGAUGCUGCCAAAGGGUUUGGCGGCAAGUUUGGAGUUCAAACUGAUCGAGUUGAUAAGAGUGCUGUUGGUUGGGAUUAUCAGGAGAAGUUGGUAAAGCAUGAAAGUCAAACAGAUGGUUCCAAAGGUUUUGGUGGGAAAUUCGGCGUACAAACCGACCGCAUCGACAAAAGUGCAGUUGGCUGGGAUUAUCAAGAAAAAGUGGAGAAACAUGAAAGUCAGGUGGAUGGAAAUAAAGGUUUUGGUGGUAAAUUUGGUGUCCAGGCUGAUCGAGUCGAUAAAAGUGCUGUUGGUUAUGAUUACCAAGAAAAAGUAGAGAAACAUGAGAGCCAAGUAGAUGGUUCAAAAGGUUUCGGAGGAAAAUUUGGCGUUCAAACAGAUAGGCAAGAUGCAGCGGCCGUCGGUUUUGAUGAAGAACAAGGUCAUGUUGGUACUACUUACGAGAAGGAUAAGCCAGUUAUUGCGGAGAAAGGUAAAGCCUCUUUGCUGAAAUCCCGUUUUGAAAAUUUUGCUGAAGAAAACAAGAAAGCCGCAAUGAUUGUUCCUCCUCCACCGAAGAAUCCCCGCCCAAUGGCUAAGAUAGCACACAAAUUCGAAACACAGUCGACGCCUCAAACAGAGCCACCCAUCAAACAAAUCCCCCAAACAGAAAAACCUGUCCGACAAAACCAAUUUCUCCCAGCCAAGUCGCCUGUUAUACCAGAGCCAGUCAUCCGAGAAAGUCCUGUGAUUUCUCCAGUUCCAGAACCUGCUAGGUCUCCUUCACCUCCACCGACUGUCGUUCCACCUGUUCCGGCACAAACUCAACAACAUAUCGCGCAAUCCCUUGAACGAUGGAACGAUGAUCUGGCCGAAGCUGUCGAAGAAGUGGAUGAUGGAGCGUGGAGAGAGCAAGUGGAUGAGCAGGAUGACGCCUGGAAAGACGAAGAAGAGAUAGGCUACGUCCAAGAGAAUUCGAAUUUAGAAACAGUUGCGGAAGAAACUGGAUCCGGUCUUAUUGCAGUCGCCCUCUACGAUUACCAAGCUGCUGCAGAAGACGAGCUCUCCUUUGACCCGGAUGAAGUCAUUGCCAACAUCGAAAUGAUCGAUGAAGGUUGGUGGCGAGGGGAGUGUAGAGGACAGAUAGGAUUAUUUCCCGCUAAUUACGUCCAACUGCAACAGUGAAACCCUAUCCAGUUUUUUCGUCUUCCAGGUUUUAUCCAACAAUCCAAGGUUCUUUUUUAUUCCCAAUUGUUAAUCAUUCUUUCCAAGAAUUUUCCUUAUCUCGUAAGCCAACCAUAUGGCGGUUCUUUUUACGCGUGGCGUUAUAUUCGUGUAUUGUUGUCCAGUCAGUAUUCACAACGCGGUGAAGAAAAACAUUACUUAUUACAGAUUAGUUGAUUUGAUGAAAAUGUGUGACGGAAAAACAUCGUUCUUGCCUAUUAUUGUGGAAAGAGAAUUGCAAGUUAUCCCUUAUCUGCAUUUAAUUAAGAACCAAUAAUUAGAUGUUGUUUGCCGACUCAAAUCACAAUGCUUUGUUAUGAUUAUUGUGCCGAGAUCCAACCGACCAAUCUAUCUUAUGCAGCCUGUUGAUUCAUUGGAAGAGUUUUCAUGUCCAUACUCACCGACUGCAAACAAAAGCCUCUGUGAUGACGUGGUGGUCCAAAUACAUAUCUGUGUGUUGAUAAUGA